CACCGCGCGGGGGGCCCGCCGCAGGGAGUCAUGGCAGAUUCAUAUUCCUGUAGAGGCGGGAAGAAAAUCGCUGGAUCUAGCAAAGCGAGCGCUGUCAGAGAAAGCCAUAAGAUGGAGAUGAAGAUCAGCCCGGCGUACGAGCAAUCACGACUUGGAAAUGCAACCAAUGAUAAAGCUGAAGGCAAAAAGAAAGGAAGACCCAAGGCGGAAAGCCAAGCCCUGAAGGAUAUUCCUCUGCCUUUGAUGAACCAGUGGAAAGACGAGUUCAAGGCCCAUUCCAGGGUACAAUGCCCCAACUCUGGCUGCUGGCUGGAGUUCCCCAGCAUCUACGGCCUGAAAUACCACUAUCAGCGCUGUCAAGGGGGUGCCAUCUUGGAGAAACGGACCUUCCCUUGUUCGUACUGCGAAGCGGCCUUCACUUCCAAAACCCAGCUGGAAAAGCACCGCCUCUGGAACCAUCUGGAUAGGCCCCUGCCAGCUGUCGUCCCCCCGGUAGACCACAAAAUGCAAAAAGCAGCUAGCAAAGGGGGUGGCAAGAAAAGAGCUGCCGAGCGGUCGCCUUCCCCCACCAUCCAUCCCAAACAGGCCAAGGGAGAAAAGGCUAUUGCCCUCCAGCGCCCCGAGAACGGGGAGUGUGCAGCGACAAAGAAGGACGGCAAAGCGUUCCAAGCUGUGGCAGCAGGCGGUGGUGGGGCAGCAGCGACCCCAGCCAUGCCACCAUCAAGCGGCAAAGGUUCCAAGCAGCAAAGUAGGCAAGCCAUCGUUCAGGAGGAAGACCCCGAGCGGAUGAAGCACAGAAGGAAACAGAAAACUCCUAAGAAAUUUACGGGGGAGCAGCCGUCCAUCUCGGGCACAUUUGGACUGAAAGGGCUGGCAAAAGCCGAGGACAAGGCGAAAGCCCAUCGAGCCAAGAAACUGGAGGCAGCCUUAAGCAGCAACAGCGUUCACAAUGAAGAGCUGAAAAAGAAACUGCCGGCGUCCAGUAUCAAAAAGGAGACAGCGCCGACUGCAGCCGCUCCUUUGUCAACAGUGAGCCCGGAGGAACAGUGGCAGCGGACAAUCAACGAGAAAGGAGAAGUGGCCUGUCCAACUUGCAGCAUGAUCACCCGGAAAACGGUCCUUGGACUCAAGAAGCACAUGGAAGUUUGCCAAAAACUUCAAGACGCCUUGAAAUGUCAGCACUGUAAGAAGCAAUUCAAAUCCAAAGCAGGACUGAAUUAUCACACCAUGGCUGAACAUGUCAACAAGCCCGUUCCUGUGGAAGCUGCCGCUCCUCUUAACGAACACGAAGAGCGAGAGAGGCUGAGGAGAGUGCUGAAGCAGAUGGGAAAACUCAAAUGCCCCAAUGAGGGGUGCAUGGCUACCUUCUCCAGCCUUAUGGGGUACCAGUACCACCAGAAGCGGUGUGGGAAGCAGCCAUCAGAAGUGGAAAAGCCCGUCUUCACAUGUCCCCAUUGCGGGAAGAUUUACAAGUCCAAAGCUGGGCACGAUUACCACGUGAGGUCGGAGCAUCCGUCAACGCCUCCUGCACCCCCUGAAACAAAGCCUGAAGUCAGCCCAAUCGAAGAUUUCGAGAGGACCCCCAGUGGCAGGAUCCGGCGCACGUCUGCCCAAGUCGCCGUUUUCCAUUUGCAGGAGAUAGCUGAAGACGAGCUGGCCAAGGACUGGACCAAACGGAGGCUGAAGGACGACUUGGUUCCUGAAACGAAACGGCUAAAUUAUACCCGGCCUGGGCUACCAAAGCUGAACCCGCGGCUUCUGGAGACCUGGAAGAAUGAAGUGAAGGAGAAAGGACACAUCAACUGCCCUAAUAAUUGCUGCGCCGCCAUCUAUUCCAGCGUGUCUGGUUUAAAAGCCCACCUUGCAAACUGCAACAAGGGAGACCACUCUGUGGGGAAAUAUAGAUGUCUUCUGUGUCAGAAGGAAUUUAGCUCAGAAAGUGGAGUCAAGUAUCACAUAAUUAAGACCCACUCAGAGAACUGGUUCCGAACCUCUACAGAGACGAUCCAGAAAAAAAAGAGCAGAGAGCAGACCGUUCCCGACAGCGAAGAGCAAAAGAAAAGCCCAGAUGGGAAGAAAAGAGGCCGAAAGCCAAAGGAGAGACCCCCGGAAGUUUUCCUCAAAGAAAGCACAGCAGAAAAGACUAAUCAUAAGAAAACAACAGGGUUGUGGCAGACCGCAGACUGCAGCCCUGAUGGGAUAGAGCACAGCAACAAGUCCCCCCACAGCAAGAAAGGGGGAGCCAGUAAGAUGCCCGAGAAAUAAGAAGU